AAAAAAUGGCGUCGUCUGCUUUGUGAAGCGAAGCGUCUUUAAACAAAUGUUUUUGUAUUUUGAAGCAUUAAGUUCGUAAUGAUGAAGGUGGUCAAUUUAAAGCAAGCCAUUCUGCAGGCUUGGAAGGAGCGCUGGAGUGACUACCAGUGGGCAAUCAACAUAAAGAAAAACUUUCCAAAGGGAGCAACAUGGGACUACCUAAACCUUGCAGAGGCCCUGAUGGAGCAAGCUUUGAUUGGUCCCUCUCCUAACCCCCUUAUUCUUUCUUACCUCAAGUAUGCUAUAAGUUCCCAGAUGGUGUCUUACUCCAGUGUGCUCACAGCCAUCAGCAAGUUUGAUGAUUUUUCACGAGAGCUGUGUGUCAAAUCCCUAUUGGAGAUUAUGGACAUGUUCUGCCAUCGUCUCAGCUGUCAUGGGAAAGCAGAGGAAUGCAUUGUGUGUCGAGCUCUACUUGGGGUGGUGGUGUGGCUGCUGCAGGGAUGUGCUUUCUACUGUGAAAGACUGAGGGAACUGGGGCCAUCAGCCAGCGUGGAGGCCAGUCUAAGAGCCUGUCAGGAGAGGCUGUACAAUCUGAUAAACAGUACCAAGAACAGAGCACUGGUGCACAUUGCUCGGCUAGAGGAACAAGGCUCAUGGAGCAAUGUGGAGCAAGCAAUGCUCAAAGUGACAGAAGGCCUCAGCAGUGUUCCUAACCAGACCAUGAGGACUAAACUAGAAGAGAGCUUGUCACUGGUGAAAAGUAUUCCCCAAAUGCUGUCGGUGCAGUGUGACCCUGCAGUCCACGCCUCUUUCCCAUCUGUCCAUGCCUUCAUCAUGCUGGAAGGGACCAUGAAUUUGACAGGCGAGACACAGCCUCUGGUGGAGCAGCUGAUGAUGAUCAAGAGAAUGCAGCAAAUUCCUGCUCCUCUUUUUGUGUUGGAGAUCUGGAAGGCCUGCUUCACUGGCCUCAUUGAGUCACCAGAGGGCACAGAAGAGCUCAAAUGGACAGCUUUCACAUUCCUCAAAAUCCCGCAAGUUUUGCUCCGACUAAAAAAGUAUCCUCAAGCAGACAAAGGACAGGACUUCAUGGAGGAUGUGAAUAUUGCAUUCCAAUAUUUGCUCAAGCUCACACCACUGCUGGACAAAGCAGAUCAGAGAUGCAACUGUGACUGCCUUGGCAUGCUGCUACAGGAAUGCAAUAAGCUCGGCCUGCUGUCAGAGGCAAACACAGCCAGCCUCACAGCAAAACGGACGGAGGACAGGGAGUAUGCACCAAGGCUAAAAAACAGCAGAAAAUGCCACAUCCAACAACCAGGUCUCAUUCUAAGAGCAGAGCCCACUGUGACAAAUAUCCUGAAGGUAGGAUAUGCAGACCAUUCAAAGUCCCCAGAGGGCCUUCUUGGGGUCCUUGGCCACAUGUUGUCUGGGAAGAGCCUUGACCUGCUACUAGCGGCUGCAGCUGCCACUGGAAAGCUCAAAUCAUUUGCCCGGAAGUUCAUUAAGUUAAAUGAGUUUCCCAAGCACAUCAGUGGAGAAGGAUCCAAAUCUGCAUCAGUACGGGCCCUGCUCUUUGACAUCUCUUCCUCAUGCUCUGUCAUGUGUGCAGACAUAUGGCCUGAGGUGAUACUGUCGACCCCAGCCUUCUGGGAGACGCCCUUCUUUGAAAUGCUGCAGACAUGUAUGCCUGAAGAGGGCAAGACUCUUAACCCAGACCACCCCUGCUUCAGACCAGAGCCUGGCAAAGUGGAGAGCCUGGUGACCAUGCUCAACAACUCCUCAGAGAUGAAGCUAGUGUGAGUGAAGUGGCAUGAAAUCUGCCUUAACACAACCAGCAGCCAUCUUGGGGAAGUUCUGAAUGCAUGGGAGAAUGGUGUGCUUCCUGUUAUUAUUGUGAAAAAGAUCACUGACAACAUUAAGGGCAAAGUGUGUAGCAUGGCCAUCUGUGCCGUUGCGUGGUUGGUGGCCCACGUCAGAAUGCUGGGGCGGGAUGAGAGGGAGAAGCCCCAGACCAUGAUCCGACAGCUUGUGACCCCACUCUAUGGGGAGAACACCCUGCAGUUCUACAACGAACGCGUCAUAAUCAUGAGUUCCAUCAUGGAGCAUAUGUGUGCUGACGUCUUCCAACAAACGGGUGCGACUCUGCGCCCCCCAGUGGAGGGUCAGGAGCCCAUCCCCUACCGAAACCUUCUGCCCGCCAAGGAGCCCAUUCACACCGCCCUCAGCAAGCAGUUCCAGGUGGUGCUCCGCAAAGGCUGGGUGGACAGCCGAGCUCUGCAUCUGUUUGAGAGUCUCCUCAACAUGGGAGGGGUCUUCUGGUUCACUAACAAUUUGAUUAAGGAGCUGCUGAAGGAGACUCGACAGGAGUGGGCUAAUCGAGUGGUGGAGUUACUUUACAGCAUCUUCUGCCUGGACACCCAGCAGAUCACCCUCACUUUACUGGGCACCAUCUUGCCUAACCUGCUGACAGACUCUGCACACUGGCACAGCCUGGCCGACCCCCCAGGAAAGGCACUGGCCAAGUUGUCUGUAUGGUGUGCACUCAGCUCAUACUCCUCUCACCACAAAGGCCCGUUCUCAGCUCGACAGCGCAAAAGACAGCGGGAGGAUAUUGAGGUAAAGCAGACUACAAACAGCCUCUUUCCCCUGGAUGACACUCAGCCGUCUAAACUCAUGCGUUUGCUCAGCUCCAAUGAGGACGAGCCUGUAGCUCUCUCCAGUCCAGGAGACCGAUCAAUGAGUACUUCACUGUCUGCCUCCCAGCUCCACACUGUUAACAUGAGGGACCCCUUAAACCGAGUCCUGGCCAAUCUUUUCCUGCUUAUUUCAUCAAUCCUGGGUUCCAAGAUGGCCGGACCUCACACACAGUUUGUGCAGAGUUUUAUGGAGGAAUGUGUUGAGUGCCUGGAGCAGGGAAGUCGUGGAAGCAUCUUGCAGUUCAUGCCCUUUACUAUGGUCUCGGAGCUGGUGAAACUUCCUGCUCUUGCCAAACCUAAAGUUGUCCUGGCCAUCACUGAUCUGACGCUGCCACUGGGAAGGAGAGUCGCUGCCAAAGCUAUCUCUGCUCUAUGAACCGACUCUAAACUUAUCACCGCAGCAAACUGACCCUCCAACAGCUCAGCCGGAUCAAGCACAGAGGAGAGAUAAGAACCCGAUUGAAUUACUAUUUGCAAUUUCUGUUAAUGUUGUUUUGCUACUGUCUUUUUUUUACAUGUUCUUUUUCUUACUCGAAGAAAACUAUAAAUGUUUUAAAAUAAAACACCCCAUUAUGAAAAUUUUC